CUCAUGCAGACGAGACAAGAAGCAAAGUGACUAACGCCGAGUUUCAAGUUUGAACUAAGAAUAUCUUGCAGUCGAAGCGCGCUAAUCCUGGAUUGUGCCAGACCUCGAAGUAUGGCACUUUCACUCACCCAAACACUUGUUUUUGGCUUCACUUUAUUUAUUGUCACUAAGGCUGGCAAUAUUUUGAUGGCACCUUAUAGCCAUUGUAUCAACUCUCACAUGAUCAACCUGGAGAUAUUAUCGUGGUACCUAUCAGAGAAUGGGCACAAUGUCACCCUCUUAGUGCCUGAACCCUAUCGUGGACCAUACGUAUCGUUUGAUAUCCAAGAUACAAAUAUUCAAGUUUUACGAUUCAAAGACCCGUCAAGUGUUGACAGAGCUACACCAAAACUCGGACGAUGUGAAGGAUUUGACAGUUUGGACAGCUUCCGCCGUAUGGAUGUGAACGGUAUGAGAAUGACGGAGCAUAGCACAUCGUUCAAAGCCACAUCUGAUUUGUUUGCUGACAAUGCAACUUUGACGACUUUAAUACGCAGUAGAUUUCAAGUCGUUAUUACAGAUUAUUUUUGGUUAUGUGGCUACGCCGUCGCAGCUUAUUUGAAAAUCCCUCUGGUCACAGUGCAAAUGCUCCCAGGCGCUCACGUCAUGCAAAUCCCUGAUCUAUACCCAGCAAUAUCGUUCACUCCAGAUAAUUAUGAAGCAAUAUCUGAUAACAUGUCCUUCUUCGAAAGAGUAAGAAAUGCGUGGCAACUAUUCGUCCUCCGUCCCUUGCAGCGGAAAUACGUGGACUGGAUAUUUUAUCCAAGAUUUCAUAAAAUCAUGUUAGAGCACGGAUUCUCAGACCCGGAUCCGAAUAACGUUUUCAAUAACAUAACUCUUGGAUUCAUGAAUUCAGAUUUCUUGUUUGAUUAUCCCGGACCAGUUUAUUCCGACAUGUUGUUUAUAGGCGGAUUUUUUAAUCAGUGGGUGAGUAAGCCGAAAAAGCCUUUGUAUAAGAAUGUAAUGGGAGUCAUCGAAUCUUCUGACGAAAACGGAAUAAUCGUGGUGAGUUUUGGAUCGAUGUUACUUGAUUAUGAAGUCAAAUGGGCCAAAGCUUUUGCUGAUGCUUUUGCGCGACUACCCCAUAAAGUCAUUUGGCGAUAUCCACAGUUGAAUACACCUCCUCUCAAUCUUGGCCAAAAUACACUUCUCAUGGAAUGGCUUCCUCAACCGUAUUUAUUAUCACAUCCGAAAGUGAAGCUUUUCAUUUCCCACUGUGGAGCUGGGGCAGCCUACGAGAGUAUUUUCCAUGGCGUCCCUGUUCUGGGCAUUCCUUUAGCUGGAGACCAACCAGCAAACUGCAAAAAGUUGAGCGACAGACUUUUCGUGGGAAAAUGCGUUGACAUAUCUACAUUGACUUCGGAGACUCUCUUUGCUGCAAUCCAAGGAUUGUUACACAAUUCCACAAUCAGAUCAAACGCUAGGAGGGUUUCACAGAUUUUUAAAGAACGUGUCACAGCGCAUGGUCCGAAUAUUCUACGUUCAAUUAAUUCCGUCUUGGCUGAAGGCGGUGCGCAUUACCUUCAUCCCAAAACUCGAGAGAUGGUAUGGUAUCAAAAAUACCUUAUUGACCUUAUAGUGGUAGUGUUUGCUGGCGUAGCAGUGUUGUCCAGCACAUUUUACUACUGCCUUUGUUCAUCCCCCGAGUCAAAGUCACAGAAGAAAGUUGACUGAGGAUUAUAAUAUUAUUA